CCAGCAAGUGGGCUGUAUUAUUAAACUUAAACUUGCUCUUAUGUUAAUUGCUCUCCCGUCGCAUUCCUACCCAACCCGACGACCGCUCCAUUUAAUUGCUCUCUUGUUUCAUUUGCACGUUUCCUUCCUCCGCAUCGCCCGUCGCCCCCGGUAGCAAGAGGAGACAUGGCGCCCGUCGCCGUCGUCCCGAGCCCCGACCCGUCCGCGGCCGCCGACGCCGACGCCGAGAGCCUCCGGGAGGCUGUGCAAGGCUGGGGCACGGACGAGAAGGCGCUGAUCGACGUCCUGGGCCGGCGGACGGCCGCGCAGCGCGCGGAGAUACGCCGCGCGUACGCGGGGCUCUACAGGGAGUCCCUCCUCGACCGCCUCCGCUCCGAGCUCUCCGGGGACUUCCGGAACGCGAUGGUGCUGUGGACCAUAGACCCGGCGGAGCGGGACGCGCGGCUGGCGAACCAGGCGCUCGGCGACCGGAGGAUGAUGGACGACCAGCACGCCUGGGUGCUGGUCGAGGUCGCCUGCGCCUCCGCGCCGGACCACCUCAUCGCCGUCCGCCGCGCUUACCGGUCCCUCUUCGGCUGCUCCCUCGAGGAGGACGUCGCCGCCUGCCCCGCGCUCCAGGAUCCGCUCAGGAAGCUGCUGGUGAGCUUGGUGAGGUCGUACCGCUGCGAAACGGAGCGCGUCGACGAGGACGUCGCGAGGAUGGAGGCGGCACAGCUCGCCGAAGCCAUCAGGAAGAGAAGGCAGCCACACGGCGACGAGGUAGCACGGAUCGUAAGCACGAGGAGCAAGCACCAGCUGCGGGCCACGUUCCAGCUGUACAAGCAAGAGCACGGCACCGACGUCGAUGAGGACAUUACCAAGCAUAGCAGCAGUCAGUUUGCCAAGAUUCUCAGAAGCGCUGUCUGGUGCUUGACGUCGCCGGAGAAGCACUUUGCAGAGGCUAUUAGAUACUCCAUUUUAGGAUUUGGAACGGAUGAGGACACACUUACCAGGGCGAUCAUCUCAGGGUCCGAGAUCGGCAUGAACAAGAUCAAAGAGGAAUACAAGGUCAGGUUCAAGACCACAGUCACCAGCGAUGUUGUCGGCGAUACCUCUGGGUAUUACAAAGACUUUCUGCUGACCUUGGUAGGGAGUGAAGAUUAAAACAACCUGCUCUUGUUGGCCAAGAUGUGUAGAAUGUGUAUCCGCCCCCACAUCCAUAUCUUGUUCAUGUAAACCAAAUCAUUCUCUCCUUUUUUUGUGUUUAUUUGAUACCUUUUUCCGCUUAAAAAGUACAGCAAUUUCAUAUUGGCGAUGAUGAAUGAACUCACCUAGGAGACUAGGAGCAGGGAUCAGAGUAUUAUGCA